CACACACACACACACACACACACACACACACAAGUGUGUGAGCAGCUAGACCUCCUCAGGCUUGUACUGAGAUAAUAUUCUCGUUCCAGCUGCCGAACCCGCAGCAGAACUCCUGAAGAUCAAACAGAGGUGGAAUCUUCUGGAACAAAAACUGCCGGACGCGCUCAGACCAGCACAGAGGACCAGAAUGACCAGCAGCAGCAGACUGGAUGCGGCGGUGGACAGUCCGGGGUUUGUUCUGGUGGACUACGCUGUAUUCGCGGCUAUGCUGGCUGUAUCCGUGGCUAUAGGGCUGUUCCAGUCUAUGCGUAAGACUGCUGAACGCUCAGAGGUGGAUGAUUUCUUCACUGGAGGUCGGCGGAUGCCCGCUGUGCCCGUUGGCAUGUCCCUGUGUGCCAGCUUCAUGUCGGCGGUGCAGGUGUUGGGCGUCCCCUCUGAGGCGUACCUGUACGGCCUGAAGUUCCUCUACAUGUGUUUGGGUCAAGCGCUGAACUCCCUGCUGACUGCCCUGCUGUUUGUGCCCGUUUACUAUCGGCUGGGCAUCACCAGCUCCAACCAGUAUCUGAGAAUGAGGUUUGGCAGGGGAAUGCAGCUGCUGGGGAGUCUGCAGUUUCUAAUAGCGACGCUGCUCUACACUGGAAUCGUAAUUUUAGCUCCUGCUCUCAUUCUCAACCAGGCUACAGGGUUGAAUAUGUGGGCGUCCCUUUUCUCCACUGGCUUAAUCUGCACCUUCUACACUGCUCUGGGGGGGAUGAAAGCAGUGGUGUGGACGGAUGUGUUUCAGGUGGUGGUGAUGCUCUCAGGCUUCAUCGCUGUUUUUACCCAUGGUACUAUGCUGGUGGGGGGCGUGGCCGAGGUGCUGGAGAUCGCCACCAAUGGAUCACGCAUUAACUUUAAUGAUUUUGGUUUGGACCCACAGAGGCGGUACUCGUUCUGGAGUUUUACGGUGGGAGGGACGAUGGUGUGGUUGUCGAUGUACGCAGCCAAUCAGGCUCAGGUUCAGCGUUACAUCUCCUGCAGGACAGAGAGAGACGCACAGUGGGCGCUGUUUGUGAAUCAGCUGGGGUUGUGUGUGAUUGUGAGCAGUGCUGCUAUAUGUGGUAUUGUGAUGUUUGCACUUUAUUCACACUGCGACCCUCUGAAAUCUGGCAGAAUCUCCGCCCCCGACCAGUAUAUGCCAUAUAUGGUGCUGGACAUUUUUCGAGACCUUCCUGGUGUCCCUGGUCUUUUCCUUGCCUGUGCCUACAGCGGGACUCUGAGCACGGUCUCCACCAGCAUCAACGCCAUGGCCGCGGUCACCAUGGAGGACCUGCUAAAGCCAUUUCUGAUUGGCUCUUCACAGAGGAAACAGAUAUUGCUCUCCAAAGCCCUGUGUAAGCACAACAACCCCCCCAACUUCCUGUGUCUUAUCACUGUGUUUUACACUGCGGUGCUGCUGCUGACUGUGUGUGUGUGUGUGUGUGUGUGUCUGUAUGUGAGAUAUACAGCGUUUAUGUACGGGGUCGGCUGUGUGACCACAGCGGCGCUCUGCUCCCUGCUGGACUGGGGAGUUCUUCAGGGCUCAUUCACAGUUAUGGGCGUGGUUAACGGCCCCCUGCUGGGGGCUUUCAUCCUGGGCAUGUUCAUCCCGGCCACCAACAAACCUGGUGUGUUUGGGGGCGUGGCUGUAGGUUUUACUCUGGCAGUUUGGCUGGCUAUUGGAAGCUCUGUCUACCCCCCGACCCGACAGAGGAUGGGUGUGUUACCCACCAACGCCGACCACUGCCCUACAGCUAACACUACACACACCCCCACACCCUCACCUACAUCACCGGCAUUAUCCAUCCUCCACCCACAACACCACAGUCAGCAUGGGCUUCAGGAUUUCUACUCCAUGUCCUACCUGUACUUCGGAGCCUUAUCCACCAGUGUGACUGUUCUAGUGGGACUGGUGGUCAGCUGUUUAACAGGACCGACUAAAAGAAGCUCGAUCCGUCCGGGUCUGAUUUGGUGGGAUCUGGAACCCAAGACUCGGCAUGUUCCUCAGGAGAACAUGAGCGACACAAUGACCCCGCCCACAAUCCCUCUCAACCCUGAGAAAGAGCAGGAGAAGAUCGUAUUCAAUAUCAACCAGGAAGAUCCGAAACGUGGUUCUGUUCUUUGAGAGUGAGAAUGUGUGCUGUAAACCAGAUUCACAAAUGUCUUCAAUGUUUUAAAAUAAAAUCUAAUGUCUGCUUUUA